CACAAACUCAAAAAAAAAACAAAACAAAAAAACAAAAAAAAUUGAAAAAAAAAAUUGUUUCUUUGUUUUAUUUUUCGACAGUAGUAAGUCCACCAAGGGUCUGUCCAGAGUUCUUUUAAGGUUGAAAGUGUCCAAGUUGGAGUCUGUGAUGGUCCGGUCUAGACACAUCCGACUGCUUCUUCUCCCGGUGUUGUGGAGCCACGCACUGGAAAGCCACACUAAAGCAUCUCACAGGCAGGUGGUGUCACUGGUGGGUGAGGAUUGCGAGCUGCCCUGUUCGGUGGACCCCGGCUCUAAUGUCCGGGUCCUGCAAUGGAGUAGACCCGAUUUAGACCACUAUGGGUACCUCCUGUUCUACAGACACCCAUGGGUCCGGAGCCACUACCAACACCCAGACUACAGGGCCAGAGUCCAACCCAAAGACCCAGGACUGAACCACGGAGAGCUCAGCCUUGUCCUGAAGAAUGUCACUCACAACGAUACAGGGACGUAUGAGUGUCGACUGCUCCUAGACAACAACAUCGGGAGCAAAACAACUGUCUAUCUGACGGUCAAGGAUGUAAACAGCUGGAGUGAGGAGGAAGUGAGCACGACCAGAGGUCAUCUUGCAUUUCCUGUUGCCACUCUUCUUUUUCUACUACUGAUGAUGAUUAUGUUGUUCAUCGUUGUUUUAAAGCGCCGGGCGACACCACCACAGCAGGACUUAAACUGAGAGAUUUUGUACUUUUUGCGGCAUUUUUUUGCCAUAAUGGGACUUGAACUGAGAGAUUAUAUAUUUUAUUACGGCAUUUUUUUUUUGCCAUAAUGGGACUUGAAUUGAGAGAUUAUAUAUUUUAUUGCGGCAUUUUUUUUUUUGCCAUAAUGGGACUUGAACUGAGAGAUUAUAUAUUUUAUUGCGGCAUUUUUUUUGCCAUGAUGGGACUUGAACUGAGAGAUUAUAUAUUUUACUGCGGCAUUUUUUUUGCCAUAAUGGGACUUGAACUGAGAGAUUAUAUAUUUUAUUGCGGCAUUUUUUUUGCCAUAAUGGGACUUGAACUGAGAGAUUAUAUAUUUUAUUGCGGCAUUUUUUUUGCCAUAAAGGGACUUGAACUGAGAGAUUAUAUAUUUUAUUGCGGCAUUUUUUUGCCAUAAUGGGACUUGAACUGAGAGAUUAUAUAUUUUAUUGCGGCAUUUUUUUGCCAUAAUGGGACUUGAAAUAAGAGAUUAUGUAUUUUUUGAGGCAUUUGUUGCCAUAACUACAAUACCAGUCGAAAGUUUGGACACACAUUUUUAUUUGAUUUUUUCUAUAUUUUACGAAUGUAGAUUCUGACUGAAGGCAUCAAAACUAUGAAUCCUAG